GCGGGUUUUGACGAUGCAUGUGGAUUCUUUCAGCACGAAAUUUAAUCAGGAAAAUUCAAAUGCCUCCAUUGAAUGUAAUAAAUCUUAAUGACAGUUUCCCGGGAGCAUCGCAUUACUCCACAGAGGUCGAGAUGGAUGAGAAGCGGACAGACAUCCACUGCACGAAAAGUCAAAACGAACAAGCUGCUGAAGUGGGCAGGAAGUUGCUACAACUGGCCAAAGAUAUGGAAGAGAACUGGAGCAAAGAGAAAAAAGAAAAGACGGCGACAGUUGUUCGGUGUUGGAGCAAGUGGCAAAACACUCAAUCAAACAUAAAAUAGUGAUACUACUAGGCAUUCUUUGACCUGAAAGGACAUUUGUUUUAAAGAUGAAUUUAAGGACAUCUCAGUUAAAUGCGAGAGCAUAUUUUUACAUAUGCAGAAAAAUACAUCAUCCUGAAAAGAAACAAGCUGUUUUUGAAAAUAUUUAUAAUGAAUUGAAUUAUUACAGAUAUUUUACCACUUAUGUGAUAACAGACUUUGAAAAAUUGAGCAAAGUGUUAGUAAAAACCGCUGCCACUGCUGUAGAGAAGUGAAAAAUUAAAUCUUAUAUUGUUAAUUCGACCUACUCUACAAAGCUGAAGAUAAUACACACGUUAAGAUUUCCACACCGUUUUGUGUGAAAACAUACUUGAUUUUCGUGUCUGGGAAAUGGAAGAACAGUAAAAUUGAAAGUGUUCAAGAAUAAUGAACAUUGUAAAUUAAGCUUAUUUUAAUAUAAUUACUUAUAUUAUUGUUUUUGUAGAACACAACAAAUUGGAAAUUAUUUUAUUCUUUUGAUGUGAUAUUUG